GCCAUUGUCCAUUGUGGCUAAUAGGUGAGCCCGCACUAGAGCUAAGCGGCAGCAAUGGCGGCUCUGCAAGCUACGCCGCUCAAAACCCUAGCCUUCUCCCGCCGGCGAGCCGGCGGCGCGGUGGCUCGGCCUCGGCAUAUGGCGGCCUUCCGGUGCUCCGCCGCGGCGAGGAGCUACAACAUCACGCUCCUCCCCGGGGACGGCAUAGGGCCGGAGGUGGUCGCCGUCGCCAAGGACGUUCUCUCCCUCGCCGGCGCACUCGAAGGCGUCGAGCUCCGGUUCCAGGAGAAGCUGAUGGGCGGCUCGGCGCUAGAUGCCACCGGCGUGCCGCUCCCCGACGAAACCCUCGCGGCAGCGAAGGAUUCUGACGCCGUCCUCCUCGGCGCCAUAGGAGGGUAUAAGUGGGAUAACAAUGAGAAGCACCUCAAGCCUGAGACGGGGUUGCUCCAGCUCCGUGCUGGGCUGCGGGUGUUUGCCAAUCUGCGUCCAGCUGCGGUGUUGCCACAGCUAGUAGAUGCAUCUACUCUGAAGAAAGAGGUAGCUGAAGGUGUUGACAUUAUGGUUGUCAGAGAGCUUACUGGAGGAAUAUACUUUGGCAAACCUAGGGGUUUUGGAACGAAUGACAACGGAGAGGAAACUGGCUUCAACACAGAAGUUUAUUCUGCUUCUGAGAUUGAUCGCAUCGCACGUGUUGCAUUUGAGGUUGCUCGCAAGAGAAGAGGGAAACUAUGCUCAGUUGAUAAAGCAAAUGUGCUGGAGGCAUCCAUGCUUUGGAGAAGAAGGGUGACUGCACUAGCUUCUGAAUUCCCUGACAUUGAACUCUCGCACAUGUAUGUUGAUAAUGCUGCAAUGCAGCUUGUUAGGAAUCCUAAGCAGUUUGACACAAUUGUCACAAACAACAUUUUUGGUGACAUAUUAUCUGAUGAAGCAUCAAUGAUUACGGGAAGCAUUGGAAUGCUCCCGUCUGCCAGUGUUGGUGAAUCGGGACCUGGUCUUUUUGAACCUAUUCAUGGCUCUGCCCCUGAUAUUGCUGGGCAGGACAAGGCCAAUCCAUUAGCUACAAUUCUUAGUGCAGCGAUGCUAUUGCGAUAUGGCCUUGGAGAAGACAAUGCUGCAAAGAGAAUUGAAGCUGCAGUUACAGAAACACUGAACCAGGGAUUCCGAACUGGGGACAUAUAUUCUCCUGGAACGACAUUGGUUGGAUGCAAGCGGAUGGGGGAGGAAGUCUUGAAGACAGUGGAGUCACAAAAGGCGGUGGCUGCUAUAAACUGAAAGCUGUAGCCUGAGCAAAUGAGAUUGUUCUUUUAGAAGUUGAGCCUGCUGAAAGAGCAUACUGCAUCUGGAUUGUUUAGUUCGUUGCCUGCCGUUGAAUUGAUGGGCGGCCUCUUUCUCUCUUUGUUGCUUGUUGGACUUCCUGUAACUUAAGUUUGUGAUAUAUGGGAGAAUACUGUUCGUCCAAUAAAUGGGAUAAUAAAAUGGGGAUAUUUCCCUUCA